AUAUUGGCGCGCAACCGGCCAACCGCUAGAGAAAGAAAUAACCACAGCUGCAGUUGAAUCAGCGGAAAAACCAAUAGUAUCUCCUUCGCACGAUCUGGUUCACACAAACACGUCGAAGGUAGAGUAGGCCGCGAGGUACUGGUCUUAUUCACGCACUCAAAGGGACUCCUUCUGACCUCACUUCCUCUCCUUCCUUUUAUGGCAUUUCUUCUUUGCUUUUGAGCCCAUGUAGUUCAAUCUCUUCUGCUACUCUGCGAUCCCCCUUCUCUAAAUCAAUCUCUAAAUGGCUGACGUUUUACGAAUACCAUCUUUUUACUCACCUCGUUUCUCUUCUUCUUUGCUCACCUCCUUCGCCUCUACCUUGAAUUCUCUCCAACCUCCUCUCCAACCGCCUCUCCCAGCCAACAAUUCAGAUAAGAGGAUUUACCCUUUGGUAUAUUCUUCUGCUGGUGGUGUUUCUAGCUUUGCUCCCACGCUCAGGAAGCAAUUGCUUUCUUUUAAGGUGCAUGCAACCAUUGCUGAAACUGACCAGCCAAAAUGGUGGGAAAAGAAUGUAGGACCAAAUAUGAUUGACAUUCAUUCUACACAAGAAUUUUUGGGUGCCUUAAGUCAAGCAGGAGACAGAUUAGUUAUUGUUGAAUUUUAUGGAACUUGGUGUGCUUCUUGCAGGGCAUUAUUUCCCAAGCUCUGCAGGACAGCUGAAGAACAUCCUGAUAUUUUAUUCCUCAAAGUGAAUUUUGAUGAAAACAAGCCCAUGUGCAAAAGUUUGAAUGUUAAAGUGCUUCCUUACUUCCACUUCUAUCGUGGUGCUCUUGGACAAUUGGAAUCCUUUUCAUGUUCGCUCGCUAAGUUUCAAAAAAUAAAAGAUGCCAUUGCAAUGCAUAGCACAGCCCAAUGCAGCAAUGAUCCACCGAAAGGAGUUGGAGAACUUACUCUUGAAUCUGUGUCAACUCCAACAGACAAGUCAGCAGGAUCAGCAUGAACAUAUUACUCUUGAUUUAAGCAUUUGUCUAUAUAACAUGAGUCAUGCUGUAUGUUGGUUGCCUAAUGAAACUCAGUUGUUAGGUAUCCACUGCUAUUCUGUAUAUUUUCACUCUUUUUUAGAAGAAUCUAAGCAAAAGUUGUCAUCCUACUUUCAUUCUUUGUCAUUCUUCUUCGGCCGGUGAUGUUGUAACUUAAAAAACUCCAGUGGAAAUGAAAUUUCACGUCCUCAUUGCUUUUGUA